AUUCAAGACUUUGAGACCGUGUUCUUUUCACUUGCUGUUGCGGAAAAUUAAUGAAGAUGUGAUCAGUGCUACGGAUGACGGUGAUGCUGGUAUUGUCAUUUUCCACAGCCGUCAGAGCAAGUUCAAUUGCCAAAGAAAACUGCCCAGAAACAUGUGGAAACGUUAGCGUUCCUUACCCUUUUGGAGUUGGCAAUCCUGAAUGUGCCAAGAACUCUUCCUUCCUGCUUAAUUGCACGCAGAACGGCCGCCUCACUAUUUCCACCAUCCAAAUUUACAACAUAUCAUUGGAGAGCGGUACCAUCACCCAUAUCAACCUCCAUAGAUGGCCUUUUACCAUCUCCUCCACCCACAACAGGUUGACUGCUUUUGGCUGCAAUACCCUGGCCCUGAUGAGCGACAGGGAAGGAAGUUUCGGAAGUGGGUGCAUAGCUCUCUGCAAUGACCGUAAAGACAUCGAAAACGAUGGUUCUUGCUCCGGUCAGGGAUGCUGGCAGACCUCCAUCCUUAAGAACAUCAAAACCUUGGACAUACGGGCUGACAGCGUAUCGAAUCGCAGUGAUAUUUUGAAUUUCAACCUCUACAGUUAUGCUCUUGUGGUUGCAAAUUCCUACAACAGCCCGAAAAUAGAUUUCCCAGCUUAUCCAACUAAAACUCCGUCACCGUUAUCACAUGUAGUUCUUGAAUGGGUGGUCGGAGAGCGGACGGAGAGCGGACUGCCAAGCAGUGGAGGUCAGACGGGGUAUUCAUGCGGUCUUAAUGCUAGCUGUGCUUACUCCGAGACCGGUGGUGGAUCUCGUUGCUAUUGCCUGCCGGGGUUCACCACAGAAAUCCCUAUCUCCUACACGAUGCCAAGGAGGAAGGAGGAGAAGUAUUUUAGAGAUAAUGGAGGUAUGAUAUUGAAGCACCAAAGAAUCAGGAUUUUUAGCGAGACGGAAUUAGUAAAGGCAACCAACAACUACGACAAUAGCCAGUUCCUCGGAGAAGGAGGCUUCGGUUCUGUCUACAAGGGAGUUUUAGCAGACAACAUCCUAGUUGCUGUUAACCAUAAGAAUGUUGUGAAACUCUUAGAUCUGUGUUUGGAAAAUAAAGUCCCAUUGCUAGUGUAUGAAUUCAUUUCAAAUGGAACCCUCCACCAUCAUAUUCAUGACAAGAGAUCACAAAUUUUUGGUUCAUGGAAGAAUUGUCUGAGGAUUGCUGCUGAGACUGCACUUGCACUUGACUAUUUGCAUUCUUUAGCAGAUCCACCAAUCAUUCAUGGUGAUGUGAAGUCCAUGAACAUACUGUUGGGUGAUCAUUACACAGCCGAAGUAUCUGAUUUUGGGGCUUCAGUACUUAUCUCACCAAACCAAACUGGAAUAGGCUCUAAAAUACAAGGGACAUUUGGGUACUUGGAUCCAAAGUACCUAAUGACUGGCAAUUUGACAGCAAAGAGUGAUGUUUAUAGUUUUGGGAGUCAGAUCGUCCAAGUUCUUAAUUUUGAGCCAGCAGAUGAUGGUGAAAUGGAGGAAGUAGAAGCAGUUGCUGAGCUUGUUAAGAGAUGCCUAAACGGUAGUGGGUUAAAAAGGCCAACCAUGAAGGUAGUCGCAGUGGAGCUUGUGAGGCUUAAAAAGCUCAGUGACAACUUUUGGGCUCAGCAGGGCAAUGAAGAAACUGAGUGCUUGCUAGGAGUAUCCUCCUCACAUACCAGUUAUGAGUUUUCAAAUAUCAAUAUGGACCAAAUGGAUACAUAUACCGUGCAUACAACAGUUGACAUUGAACAAGGAUCAACUGUUAGCAUCUAGUACUUUCUUCUACUAGUCUUUUAUAUGUUUGAAAUUUCGUUAGUUACAGUAAUUGCAACAAAAACAUGCUGCACAUUUGUGAAGCCUUUCCUUUUCGCUUAGUUCUUGCUUCUUGGUUUUCUGUGUAUUCAUAUUCAUAGGAUAAAUCAAGUGGAAGUGUUCUAUUAGCAAGAUAUCUUGUAUAACAUUUGGGAAAAAAGAAGCAGUUGACCAUGGAAUCAGAUAGAGAGGCAUGUAUUAACAGUUCAUAUGAUUUGCUGGGUCAUUCUCGUACCUUUCUUGUUUUUUCCAUUUUUACUUGAUGUUGAUUUCAUGUUGUAUUAUUGGUUAUGUCCAUCAUAUUUCUACUUAAAGUGUAUGUUGUUUGAAAGAACUAAAGGAUUUUCUCAGACCAUAGUAGCCCCUGAAUGCAGCUUGCCUUCAGAUAUGUUUGUGGAGUUGUGCUAAUAGUUCUGCUUGAGUUAAUGCAGUUUGGAUUUUAAGAUGCUUAUUCUCCUGUAAAGGUAGGAAGAGCACAAUACACCUUCCUCCUUUAU